AAAGUUCAAAAGAUGGCCUAACCUUAUGUUCCUUAAGAAUUCAAUAAGGAAGAAGAUGAAUUGAAAUGCCACCCAUCUUAAAGUGGCUCUACAGCAACUCCUACUUUAUUUGAGAAUACUAAUACAACAAAAACAUUUAGUACAGCGUUUUUUGAAGAUUAAAUAUAUAAAGAAGGUUAUUUAUAUCUGAUUAUAUGAAUUUAGAUGAUCUAUUUGAUGAAAUUAACUAAUAAUUAAACUAAGUAUUGAUUAAUGACACUUAAAGACCUUCUCUUGUUUCAGCUUUUUAAGCAGACAUGUACUAUUAUUUAGUUAACCUUUUUAGGUCAUCAUAUUUAAGUCAUGAGAAGUUAACAAAAAACUCAAGAAAAAUGUAAUAGGAGUACUAAAAUGCAAAUUUAAAAGAAAAAGAAUAUGUAUUUAAUAUUUUUGUAAGAAAUGAAAUUGAAAAUAUUAGUUUAGAUAAGUAUAAGCAUUUCCUACUUGAAAAAAUACUAGAAGUUGGUACAUUAUAAUAAAAUUAAUUUUAGGUCCUCAUUCACAUAAAAAUAUAAUACUUGAUAGAAUAUUUUAAUCAAUUAAUAAAUUAAUAAAAGAUCUAUAUGCUUGUAAAGUUAUGCAGAAAGGUUUGGAAGUGAUGAUUUAAAAUCCUUAAGAUUCUCCUAAUUAAUUAGAAAAUUACCUUAAUUUUAUUCAUUCUGAUACUCCAUAAAUGAAGAAGUUUUAUGUAGAUAAAAUAGCAAAUUAAAUUAUUUAAAAAAGUCUAGAAGUGUUAGAAGGGAAUAAUUUAUUGAAGCUUCUUUAGGUGUUGUCAAAAUAUGUAAAUAUUUUAUUUAAUAAUAAUAGAUAUUAAAUAAAAAUAAUGAAAAAUUUGAAUUAUCUACAGAUCAAUAUGGAUGUUUAAUUGUGAAUAAGAUAAUAGAUAUAUAUCCUAAAUAAUUUGACAUUUAAACUAAGACUUUGUGUAAUGAUAUCAUAGUUAGAGCAAUAGAAAAUAGUUCAGGUCUAACUAGAAGAUAAUAUGCAAAUUAUAUAAUUUAAUCAAUUUUGGAGAAAGGGUAAGAAAUACAUAAGAGAUUGUUGAUGGAUUAAUAUCUAAUUAAAGAUUUUAUACCAAUGUCAAUGGAUAAAUAUGGUAGUAAUGUAGCAGAGAAAGCUAUAGUUUAUGGAGGAUCUUAAUGGAGAACUAAAUUAUGGGAAGAAGUAACUAUUUCAGAAAGGUAGAAUGAUAUUUAUAUGAUUAUAGUUCAUUUAAAAGAUUGAUUAAUGAUCAAUUUGCUAACUAUCCAAUUUAAAGGCUAUUUGAAUAUUUAGAAUAACCAUUAAGAAAUGAAUAUUUGGCUCUAUUAAAUAAAUUGCAUGAUAAUAAUUAAUUAAAUAAUCAUGGCUAAAUUGUACUUAAGUUUGCUUUAGCUAAUUAAAAUGUUAAAAGAUAUACUUAAAAAAUACUAUAAACUGAGAAGAACAAAUCAAAUUCAAAUCAAUUCAAAAAUUUUAAUCAAAAAUCUUAGAAUCCAAACUAAAAUUUAACUAACAUUUAACAAAAUUAGUUAUAAUUUGAAAAUGGAUUAAAAUAAAUUUAAUAAUAAUAAGUUUAAUAAUAGUUUUAAGCUGCUGCUAUGAUGUAAUAGAUGAUGUAUUAUCAAUAAUAAUAAUAAUUGUUAUUAUCAUAAAUGCCGUAAUUAUAUUAUUAAGAUAAAAGUUAUCUUAAUUAUGGAGCAAUGACAUAAGAAUAACAAUAGAUGAUGUUUUUAUGGCAAUAUUAAUAAUAAUAAUAAUAAUAAUAAUAAUAAUAAUAAUAAUAAUAAUAAUAAUAGUAAUAAUAAAUUUUUAAUCCACAUAUGAAUUUUAAAAAUGGAUAAUGA